AUGGAUGGGCUAGCUUCAAUCUCCAGGAAUGGCGUACCGCCGGAGUUUGAUUCCAAUAAAAGUGUAGAUGACGCGGAACGCAUCUCGGUAGAGAAAGGUCCAUCGCAAGUAGCUACCACCAGUACGCAGGAAAAUAAGCGAAGUAAGACAUCUCGAGCCUGUGAUAAGUGUCGCGAGAAAAAGACCAAGUGCGAUUUUGACGAAGAUAAUAAUGCCACCUGCACUAUGUGCCAAAAGCUGGGAAAAUCUUGUACGUUUGCUCGUGCCCAAAUGAAGAGGGGCCCGGUGAAAGGCUACACCCGCCAUACUGAUGUUUCGGAAACAUCUGAGUCCAGUCGCAGGGGGUCUCGAAAAAGAAGCGUAUCAGAAUCAUUGCAAGACGACGGUGCCAGGAGUAUCGCAGAUCCUGUUUCCCUCCCGCCGCUGAACCAGUACUGGCCCCAAAACCCUGCCAGCAUCACGCGAAACCAUCAUGUGCUGGCGCCAGGCUCGCAGCCGCAAACCCAGCCGCAGUUUUGGAAAGUUCCGUACCGUGAGUACCAGCACCAGAGACGUGAUUCUGUGGAUUCGUUAAUCAGUAAUACGUCCAACCGCCGUAAUUCUGAACAAAUGGCCUAUCCGGGAUCUAAUGCCUCGUCUACGUCGCCGUUCUAUUCUAUGGGCCAGUAUCACUUACCAUUGCAACCACCAAAUUCAACCUUGCUUGACUCAGAUCCCAAUCUUUCGAGCUCGCCAGUGCUACAGAGAACACCUUCAAUUCACGGCAAGUCGUCACAAUAUCCAUAUUCCCAGUUCAACAACGUGACAACUCAGCAACAACAACCCACUUUGCAGCAGCCUUACCUUUCAAUUCAAAAUCACUUACAAAAUCAAUCCCUUUUCAAUAACCAGCACUUCAAAGACUUUGAUCAAGGUUUUUCAUCCCGAAAGAAUAGCAAUGUAAGCGUUGCCCUGUCUCCCAGCUCAUCAUUACAGAUACCUCCUCCCCAGGCUCCUGCGAUUAUUUCAAAUGACAAUGAAGAAGCUGCGAAGGAUAACUCAACCCAGGUUACGUCGCAAAAUGAUACGUUUGCAUCCCAGCAACAAUCGAUUGCCAAUCCCAAAGAAGCGACAAAAGCCUCCGUGGCCCCAUCAAGGAAAAAUACGAGACGUUCCACCUCCAAUAGAAGUGUGUCUCAGAGCUCUGUGGACACUCACAACACCUCUAACCAUUCGAUUGACACUUAUGGCAAAAUUCCAGACACUCAACUGAUUGACAUAUAUUAUGAGUUUAUCCACCCAACAUUUCCUGUUAUUCCAGUCAAUAAGCGUACAUUGACAGACGAUCUACUGUUGAUUAACACUCAGCCUGUAAGUGGUAUCCACGAACUUAACUGCCACAUUUUGCACUGGUUCAGAAAUUCUCUGGAGCUUCUUGUUCGGGUUGCAUUGAAGAAACCUUCAGGCUCUGCUUACGAUUACAGUGAUGGGGUUGUUGAUGUAUUUGACUCUCAGGUCACAUUUAUCGCGGCGUUGAAUGAAAGCUUCCAAACUGUGGUCGACAUUCAUCCCACGCUUAAGGAGAACGAGAAUAUUUUGAGCUCGAAGAUCAAAUUCAUCUACCUAGCUACUUAUACGAUCUUGAAUUACAUUUUGGCGUUUGUGGGAUACGACAAUUCAUUCGUUCUCGGGAUGUCUGUAACUAUCUACAAUGAGCUGAAACUGUUUCGGUGUUUGGUGUACGACGACGAAGAAGAAGAGCUGGGAGAACAAGAAACCGCAACAGAAAGUGAUUCCAAGAACACCAGCAGCGAUGGCACCCAACUAUUGUUUAAGAGAUUGUAUGUGCUCCUUGUUGUUUUUGAUUCAUUACAGAGCUGUACAUUUGGUGUGCCCAAGCUGAUGAGCGUCCCUCUAUUGCGUCUGAUAGAAGAAUGUUUCGCAUACGAUACCGGCAAAUGGGGUGUGGAGUACGACAACAACUCCUGGAAAAACAUCUAUCAAAGCCUGCUACUAGGCCACGCAUUGUCCCAAGUUUCGACCUCACGUACAUGUAUGAGCCAAAAUUUGGGAAAGGCCUGGUACAAGAUGGACCAACAUGGGCAAUCCAAAGACUCCCCUACGGGUCUCUUUGUAGAAUUGCUGAAUGGAAGACAUGAACUGGUGCAGAGUUACUUUGCCCUGACGGAAAUGAACUCUCAUAUCUUGCUAGAGUUAUGUCACAAGACUUGCGGAAUUGUCACAACCAUGCGACAGUUACUGACAGCCGUCAUGAAGGCUAAUCCAACAAACAGCAUUGACCCAAAUAAUAGACCGCCGGCCGGCACCAGUGAACUCAUACAUAACCAGGAGAAAUUGCCCGCCCCAGUGACCAACAGCUCUACGUCUGACUCCGAGAUGUACAGGAAGCUGCUGGGCCUUAACGCUGGUGACACAAUAGACCUGCGACGUGGCUCUAUAUCCCCUUUUGUAGUCGCGAUGGUCGUGGAGGUUUCAAAUUUUCUGGAGUUGAUAAAGAACUUACCGACCAUGCUAAUAAGCCUCAUCCUCCAGGGGCCGUCUCAGACUGGGCCCAGCACUGGCCUCGAAAAUGAUGUGUCAAAUUCUCAAGAUGCCGUUCUUGCGUUGUCAAAUGCAAUGAGCGACUUGUGCCAGAUCACCAGUCUUUUGGGUGUGCUCAAGCCGCACAAGAUGUUUGAACUGGUACCACGUGUGCAACGCGCCGAUUUCAAGGCCCAUACACGACGAGUACGCUACAAAUAUGCGCUUGGAGCGCGCAAGACUGGUACUACAUGGAGCGCCACAUGGGAAACGUCACUUGAACCAUUUUCUGACGCCAUAUGGGGGCUUUUUUGUACAGAAGAGCUGGGCUGGUUGUGA